AGAAUGUGCAAAUACCCUUCGUCGCCGUUCGCUGCAGCUUUCUUUAACUGCAUGCCGUGUUGGCGAUGGAUGACGUGUAGCGAUGGUGCGCAGGAUUUGAUGUUUUUGUGCUAGGUGCAGCGCUCGGCGAAUCUUUCCAAUUUUGAAACCUCAUCUACGUUCCUCUUUCUCCUGCUUAUUUUUUUUUCAUUUAUAAGUACUCACUGAAGCACGGAAUCUUCCCCAAAGGAAACAACAAUCAGCCCGCAAAUACAUCCCAUUUUACGGUGGAUCGUACCCUCUUCUUCUCCCCCCUUUCAUUUACAAUGACGCACUCUCUCCUUCACUUUGUGCGAAGGCUCCGCACUUUCAGCGUGACGGCUAGCUGCCGCAGCCACCCCUUUGUGUGGUACGGCGGCGUAUAUGCCGUGUUUAUUAGCUGGGCGAACUACGCGCAGUACAAGCGCCUCGCUCCCAUGUUCCCCAAUUACGAGCGCUACCUGAAAGAGGAAGGCGGGCGAAUGCUGGAUGCAAAGCGGCAGGAGCUGGCGGAGGUGGGCCGCUAUAACAGCAUGGUUGGCAGCAUGCGGCGCGAUAUUGCCGGGAAGUGA